AUGACCACUACUCCUUGUAAUGGCUUUAUGGAAGCUAUUGGAAACACUCCAUUGAUUCAUCUUGCAAACAUUUCUAAAACGGUGGGAAGAAAUAUAUACGUUAAGGCGGAAUUUAUGAAUCCUGGUGGAUCAAUAAAAGAUCGAGCAGCACUCUAUUUGAUUAGAGAUGCAGAGAUGAAUCAUGGAUUGAAGCCAGGUGGAACCGUAGUGGAGGGCACCGCUGGAAAUACGGGGAUCGGGUUAGCUCAUGCGUGUAAAUCGCGUGGUUACAAAUGUGUGAUUUAUUUACCAAAUACUCAGUCCAAACUGAAAAUUGAAACCUUACGACUUUUAGGAGCUGAAGUACAUGCGGUGCCUGCAGUACCAUUUGCCAAUGUUAAUAAUUUUAAUCAUCAGGCUAAACGACAUGCAGAACAAUUGGACAAUGCCGUGUGGACAAAUCAAUUUGAUAAUCUUUCAAAUAGUCAGGCACACUUUGAAACGACAGGUCCAGAAAUUUACGAGCUGCUUCAAGGCAAAAUCGAUGCAUUCACAUGUUCUGCCGGUACCGGGGGUACUUUUGCUGGAACCACUCGUUAUUUGAAGGAUAAAUCCAAUGGUAAAGUGAAAUGUAUACUUGCAGAUCCACCAGGGGCAAUGUUGUAUAACUUUGUAAAGACUGGUGAACUUGUAGCUCAGGGUAAAUCUUCAUUUACUGAAGGAAUUGGUCUUGGAAGAAUCACCAAGCAAUUGGAACCAGUGAUGGAUCUUUUAGAUGAUGCCAUUCAUAUUCCUGACCAAACUUCUAUCAAUAUGUUGUAUGAAUUAUUGGAUACAGAAGGACUUUUCGUGGGGGGAACAUCCGCACUUAAUGUUGCUGCAGCCAUAGAAGUUGCCAAGACACUCCCACCAGAUUCAAAUGUAGUUACUAUACUUCCUGACUCUGCUCAUAAAUAUUCCGACAGACUCUUUUCAACUCAAUGGUUGAAGGAGAAAGGGAUCUAUGAUGGGAUCUCAGAACAUCUUAAAAGUUAUAUAAUUUAUCCUUAA